CUUUUCCCUCAAGUAGACUUUAUGCCAUACAGCUAUUUUCUUGCCCCAGUUCUAGCAGAAUCUAACCAGUGUUCUAGAAGAAAAUGUCCUGCCCCCAUGCAGUCUCCUUAGAAUUGCAGGGUGCUGCUCAGAACUGCUCCUGUGGAGAGCUUUGUCUGUUGUUUGGAUCCAGCAGCGUCUUUGGGGGUGUUGCUUGAAGCUUGCCAAGGAGGGGAGGGGGGUUCUGAAGAGAGAACACCAGGGCUCUAGCCUGUCAUAUAACUGGGGGUGUGGAGGGCGCCUCAUUGCCACUGCAGUGACUAAAGCUGGGAAGACGCUGGUCAGUUCACCUGCCCCCUGGUUGUUUUUUAAACAAAUUCUGAUACAGGCGACAUCCUCACUGACCGAGCAAAGAUUGACAUUCGUAUCAUCAGUGUGCACCACUGGCUUCUAGGCACUCCAGUGGGGUAGGAGAAGGAGGUCUGACACGCUCGCAGAGGGAACUUGCCCUCAUUCUUCGGGUCUGAAACACUGGCAGUCGUUGGAAACAGGACUCAGGGAUAAACCAGCACAAUGGAUUGGGGGACCCUGCACACUUUCAUCGGGGGUGUCAACAAACACUCCACCAGCAUCGGGAAGGUGUGGAUCACAGUCAUCUUUAUUUUCCGAGUCAUGAUCCUCGUGGUGGCUGCCCAGGAAGUGUGGGGUGACGAGCAGGAGGACUUCGUCUGCAACACACUGCAACCGGGAUGCAAAAAUGUGUGCUACGACCACUUUUUCCCAGUGUCCCACAUCCGGCUGUGGGCCCUCCAGCUGAUCUUCGUCUCCACCCCAGCGCUGCUGGUGGCCAUGCAUGUGGCCUACUACAGGCAUGAAACCACUCGCAAGUUCAGGCGAGGAGAGAAGAGGAAUGAAUUCAAAGACAUAGAGGACAUUAAAGCGCAGAAGGUUCGGAUAGAGGGAUCGCUGUGGUGGACGUACACCAGCAGCAUCUUUUUCCGAAUCAUCUUUGAAGCAGCCUUUAUGUAUGUGUUUUACUUCCUUUACAAUGGGUACCACCUGCCCUGGGUGUUGAAAUGUGGGAUUGACCCCUGCCCCAACCUUGUUGACUGCUUUAUUUCUAGGCCAACAGAGAAGACCGUGUUUACCAUUUUUAUGAUUUCUGCGUCUGUGAUCUGCAUGCUGCUUAACGUGGCAGAGUUGUGCUACCUGCUGCUGAAAGUGUGUUUCAGGAGAUCAAAGAGAGCACAGACACAAAGAAAUCACCCCAAUCACGCCCUAAAGGAGAGUAAGCAGAAUGAAAUGAAUGAGCUGAUUUCAGAUAGUGGUCAAAAUGCAAUCACAGGUUUCCCAAGCUAAACAUUUCAAGGUAAAAUGUAACUUCGUCAUAAGGAGACUUCUGUCUUCUCCAGAAGGCAAUACCAAUCUGAAAGUUCCUUCUGUAGCCUGAAGAGUUUGCAAAUGACUUUCAUAAUAAAUAGGCACUUGAGUUAACUUUUUGUAGGAUACUUGCUCCAUUCAUACACAACGUAAUCAAAUACGUGGUCCAUCUCUGAAAACAAGACACUGCUUGACAGGGGAGCAUUGCAGUCACUUUGACAGGUUCCUUUUAAGUGGACUCUCUGACAAAGUGGGUACUUUCUGAAAAUUUAUAUAACUGUUGUUGAUAAAGAACAUGUAUCUAGAAAUUGAUACUUUUAUUAGGAAAAGAUAUUUUUAUAGGCUUGGAUGUUUUUAGCUCUGACUUUGAAUUUAUAUAAAGUAUUUUUAUAAUGACUGGUCUUCCUUAUCUGGAAAAACAUGCGAUGUUAGUUUUAGAAUUACACAAGUAUCUAAAUUUGGAACUUACAAAGGGUCUAUCUUGUAAAUAUUGUUUUGCAUUGUCUGUUGGCAAAUUUUUGAACUGUCAUGAUAUGCUAGAGGUGGAAAGUGUUCAUUGCACAAUAUAUUUUUACUGCUUUCUGAAUGUAGAUGGAACAGUAUGGAAGCAGAAGGCUUUUUUAACUCAUCCGUUUGCCAAUCAUUGCAAACAACUGAAAUGUGAAUGUGAUUGCCUCAAUAAAGCUCGUCCCCAUUGCUUAAGCCUUCA